AUGAAGAUGAAGGUUUUUCCUCGUGACCCCUGGCGGAAAGCGGCCUGCCUGUUCUCUGCCGCGGCGUUCUCCACGUUCGCGGUCAACCUGGCCUUCACGCUCUGGGCGACGAGGUGGCAAGGCGAGACCGUCGACGACGGCAUCGGCGUCGUCUUCGAGGGCGGCUGCUCCGACAUCAAGAGGCUCAACACAGCCGUCCACGUCGUCAUCAACAUCCUCAGCACGGUGCUCCUCGCCGGCAGCAACUAUUGCAUGCAGUGCGCAAUCGCCCCGACCCGGUCCGAGAUCGACCGCGCCCACGCGAGGCGGAAGUGGCUCGACAUUGGCGUCCCGAGUAUCCGGAACUUUGGCAAGAUCAAAUUGGAAAAGAAAGCGCUCUGGCUUCUUUUAUACAACUCUGUCAUGUUCGCCUCAACUUCCGUGAACAUUUAUAAAGUGUUCAUAGUGAAGGAACAGUUCAUAUUGGAAGAGAACAGAGCUCUGAUCCAAAACCGCUCGGAGCCUCUUGCUCAGAUGUACGAAGGCUUCAAAACCGGCAUCCUGAAGCCCAUUGUCGCGUCUGAGUGUCUCAAAGCCUAUGGAACCCCGUUUCAAUCCUCGAGAGGCAACCUACUGCUGGCCACGAACGAACCUGAUAUAAUUGAUAUAUACCCCAAGACCAGACUCCCAUCGGACUCGUUCUCGUAUUAUCACUAUGAACAAGGGUACACAGCGAGCCUCCGGAUGCGAGAGGACGGUCAAUUGGAUCAGCCUUUUGAAUGGAUUUGCCUUAAUGACGAUGAACGAAUCUGCGAGGAACUGAUACCCAAAAUCCGGGAAGCCCCGCAGGACUGGAGACCAUACGAAAUGACAGUGACACAAUUCUACAGCCAGGAAAUGGAGGAACACUGCAGAUUACUCUUUAGCGUCACGAUCUGCUGGACUGUGACCGGUCUGAAUCUGCUGAAAGGCAUUCUCAUGCUGUUUGUUGCUUUCCGAGGGGGCGAUAGUCCCAUCCUGACGAUCGGAGAUGCCGUGGCGUCGUUCCUCGAAAUCCCCGACAAUUUCACCAAGGCCAUGUCCCUCAAACCGAAGAAACCCUUCACCGAGGAAUGA